GCCUCGGGCCGGGCCUCGCUCCUGCAGCACCGGCUGGCUGAAAGCCAGGCUCGCCUGGGCCACGAUGUGAGCGCCGCGGUGCGAGGUUGUCCUAUUCAGGAUGGUACCAUGGAUGGAAUCAGGUGGCUCAGCCUUCCAAAUGCUGGGCACCGUGGCUGCAACCUGGUGGCUUCUGCGGAUAGCCUGGUGGCUGGGCCAUGUCCUGCUCGUCUAUGGGCUGCCCCAGGUUGGCCUGGGCCUUGGGACCUCUUUCAGGAAGCACGGAGCCUGGGCAGUGGUAACCGGGGCCACAAGUGGAAUCGGCAGGAGCUAUGCUCAUGAGCUGGCUCGAAGAGGCCUCAACGUGGUACUGGUCAGCCGAGAUCUAAGCAAGUUACGUCGGGAGGCAGAGGACAUUGCGAGACUCCAUGGGAAGGAGACAAGAGUCAUCCAGGCAGACUUCACUGGGGGCUUAGAAAUCUAUGAAGCAAUUGAAACAGCCCUGGAGGGCCUAGACAUCGGCGUUCUAGUCAACAAUAUUGGUGUAGCUCCCCAGAAAAUCCCUGGGAAGCUCCUGAAUUUGGAGAAUGCAGGCAAGAGCCUAACAGACAUGAUGAAUUGUAACAUGCUGUCAAUGGUUCAGAUGACCCGGAUCAUCCUGCCUCAGAUGGCAGCCAGGGGCCGUGGAGUGAUCAUCAACAUAUCCUCUGGGGCUGGAAACCAGCCUACCCCAUUCUUGGCUUUAUAUGGGGCCACGAAGGCCUUUAUCAAUAGCUUCUCUCAGGCUGUGGCCUUGGAAUACCAGUCUUCUGGAAUCAUCAUCCAGACUAUUACCCCUCUGGUAGUUUCCAGCAACAUGAGCCAGAUAUCCCCCAGAAAAUUCUUGGUGAAAUCUGCAGAUGACUUUGCCAGAGAAGCCUUGGACACUGUGGGAGUCACUAACUUCACCACAGGCUGUUUCAUACACUUUGUCCAUAGUUUGCUGGUGUGGCCAUUCGUUGCCAACUUCAAAUUCAUCAUCCCGAUUCUGACGUCCUUCAGUUCUCUAUUCAGAAGAGCCUGAAGAAGUUGUGGGAAGGAGGUUGGGGGCUGAAUUGGAGGACCUUUGUGGGAGGAAUGGCAUGUGACUAUUGCUAGAGGAACGAGGGGGGCCAACAGAGGGGUUUCCUCUCAUUGGUUCAUCCCUUUGUCCUGCUGUCUAGGGUCCAUUCAAGGAGGAACCCCAGCCCCGAGAAACAAUAGCUGUAACUUGCUAUAAUAAAUGGCUUUCUCUUCAGUCA